CCAGUCUUCGAUUCUAAUAAAAAAAAAAGAGGGAGAGAGAGAGAGAGAGAGGGAAUCGAUAAUAAAAGUCUGGGCAUUUGAUAUUUUUGCCAUUAUGUUUUUAUUAUUUUUUUCCUUUUGCUGUAAACUGGUCAGCUUAAGUUCAAGUGUUUUGGAAAGAGAUUUCUUGUAGCUUUAUAGCAACACAUUUUGUGGGUUUAGCUUUUUAAUUAAUUAAUUUAUUUCGUUUGUCUAUUUUAGUUUUGAGUUUGGACAGAAAUCGAUCAAUUUUUGGUUACUGUUUUAUGAUCUGGUUUAUAUGAUCUAGUUCUGCUCACAACUGGGUUGGGUUUGUUUUGUCUUUUUAAAAGUUGUGAUAUUUUGAAACUCUUGGUGGGUGAGAGGAAAGAAUUGAUUUUGAGGGGUUUGAUGAGUUUUGGGCCGGCGACUUUAGGGUUCGUUGAGAAGGAGUAGAAUGGGGUUUGAUGAUGCAAAUGGGAAGGUGAAGAGCUCUUGGGAUGUUUCUAAAUCAAAGGUAAGGAAGAAGAAGACGAAGGAGAUUGAAGAUGAAGUGGAUGGUGGAGAAGAUACUGGUUGUUGGCUCAAGUUAAGAUUUUUAGGAAGCUGCAUUUCUUCAAGAUCCAAAGUUGAUAGCUCUGUCAGUGGCACCAGUACUCAUUACGCAGAAAGUAAGUCUACAAAUGAUACUAGUAGAGACCAACCAACAGCUCCAGUAGUCUCAUCUACUACCACCAGCAAUGGAGAAAGCAAUUCAUCCACUUCUAAGCUUGAGGAAGAGCUAAAAGUUGCUUCUAGGCUACGGAAAUUCGCAUUUAAUGACCUGAAGUUGGCAACGCGAAAUUUUAGGCCUGAGAGUCUUCUUGGAGAAGGCGGUUUUGGUUGUGUUUUCAAGGGUUGGGUAGAAGAAAAUGGAACUGCGCCUGUUAAACCUGGGACAGGUCUUACUGUAGCUGUUAAAACCCUUAACCAUGAUGGUCUUCAGGGCCAUAAAGAAUGGCUGGCUGAAGUGAAUUUUCUGGGUGAUCUCAUUCAUCCUAACUUGGUUAAAUUAAUUGGUUAUUGCAUUGAAGAUGAUCAGAGGCUGCUGGUAUACGAGUUUAUGCCUCGAGGAAGCUUGGAGAACCACCUCUUCAGAAGGUCCCUGCCACUUCCAUGGUCCAUAAGAAUGAAAAUUGCACUAGGUGCUGCAAAAGGUCUUGCUUUUUUACAUGAAGAAGCUGUAAGGCCUGUGAUCUAUCGAGAUUUCAAGACCUCCAACAUCCUAUUAGAUGCAGACUACAAUGCCAAGCUUUCUGAUUUUGGACUAGCAAAAGAUGGUCCUGAGGGAGAUAAAACCCAUGUAUCAACCCGUGUGAUGGGAACUUAUGGCUAUGCAGCACCAGAGUAUGUUAUGACUGGUCAUCUUACAUCAAGGAGUGAUGUCUAUAGUUUUGGUGUGGUUCUGCUUGAAAUGCUGACUGGUAGAAGAUCUAUGGACAAGAACCGACCUAAUGGGGAACAUAAUCUUGUUGAGUGGGCUCGGCCACAUCUAGGAGAGAGAAGAAAAUUCUACAGAUUGAUUGACCCUCGCCUUGAAGGCCACUUUUCCAUCAAAGGUGCCCAGAAAGCUGCCCAGUUGGCUGCUCACUGCCUUAGUCGGGAUCCAAAAGCCAGGCCCCUCAUGAGUGAAGUUGUUGAAGCCUUGAAGCCCCUGCCCAAUCUCAAGGACAUGGCAAGCUCAUCAUAUUAUUUCCAGACCAUGCAAGCUGAACGAAUAGGAUCAAGUCCAAAUACUAGAAAUGGCAUCCGAGCUCAGGCUGGAUCAUUUGCAAGAAAUGGACAGAGAAGCCUUUCUAUACCAAAUGGUUCGCAUGCUUCUCCAUAUCACCAUCAGUUCCUCCAUCAGUCACCAAAACCCAAUGGCAAACCAUAGCAUUUGGUUGGCUCUCUUUUCUGACCCCAUUUUCUUCAUUUAUUGCCCUUUCCCUCUUUUUGACUCCGUAAGUAUAGAUGUAAUUUGUGUCAAAGCGUUUGUUCUGGGACGACUGGAAACGCAACAGAGAAACAUGCUUUAUGUUGUGUUUUAGAGUGUCGGCCUCCAAGUGGUGGAAAAUAUCACCGGCAGGUUAAACUUUUAUGGAGCAAGAUGUCUUCUGUCAACUAUGUGUUGCUUUAAUCUACUUGGAAAUAUUAAAGAAAUGAUUGUCUCUGA